ACCUGCAGUUCCGCCGGAAAUUGCCGGGGCAGCUAAGCGGCGCUGCUUGGUUCAUCUCCGGCGCUUGAGAGGACGUUCCCAUAGUUUUCGUGAGCCGUAGAGGUACAAAUUUAAGAAGUUCCCCUCCCUUUUAUUAAUUUGUUUCCAAAAACACAGAAAGGUCUGCGGACAAUUGGUGGGCCAUUUAAUUCAGGACUCGCAGUGUUUACUGGAGGAAUGACAAUAGGAGCGUACUGUGACCUUUAACCUCCGGCUGGACGCCGUGGAGGGGAAACGCCUCCGUCUCUAUAUAAGGCGUUUUCCGGUCGGCCGGGCCCCUUUUUUUCUCUCGGCGCUAGGCGCUGACCUUUGGCUCUCUCAGGUCCGCUGCUGCACAGCUACCGCAGUCAGCCGAGACCAUGGGUUUUGGAGAUCUGAAAAGCCCCGCGGGCCUCCAGGUGCUCAACGAUUACCUGGCGGACAAGAGCUACAUCGAGGGGUAUGUGCCCUCACAAGCAGAUGUGGCAGUAUUUGAAGCAGUCUCCUGCCCACCACCUGCCAACUUGUGUCAUGCCCUACGUUGGUACAAUCACAUCAAGUCUUAUGAAAAGGAAAAGGCCAGCCUGCCAGGAAUGAAGAAAGGUUUAGGCAAGUAUGGCCCUGCCAAUGUGGAAGACACCACCGGAAGUGGACCUGCCGAGAAUAAAGAUGAUGAUGAUGAUGAUAUUGAUCUCUUUGGGUCUGAUGAUGAAGAGGAAAGUGAAGAAGCAAAGAGGCUAAGAGAAGAACGACUUGCACAGUAUGAGUCUAAGAAAGCCAAAAAACCUGCACUUGUUGCCAAGUCUUCCAUCUUGCUAGAUGUGAAACCUUGGGAUGAUGAGACAGAUAUGGUAAAAUUAGAGGAGUGUGUCCGCAGUAUUCAAGCAGAUGGCUUGGUCUGGGGUUCCUCUAAACUAGUUCCAGUGGGAUAUGGAAUUAAAAAACUGCAAAUACAGUGUGUAGUUGAAGAUGAUAAAGUUGGAACAGAUAUGUUGGAGGAGCAGAUCACUGCCUUUGAGGACUAUGUGCAGUCCAUGGAUGUUGCUGCUUUUAACAAGAUCUAAGAUUCUUCCUGGAUCAUUGCUCUUCAAUAAAAGCUUGAAGGACA